UAAAAACAAUGUAAAGUUAAUUCCCUAGUUAAUACCCUUAAUUUGAUGAUUUAGAGGAAAUACGAUAGUUCAUAAUAAGCAGAACAAAUGCUGUUGAUCUCAGUCUUCAGAUGCCACCCUACCUGUCAUCUUUUUAUUAGCCAUUGAGAAAGCAAACUUUUUAAAAUUAUUUAGUAUAAAUUGUGAUUUUAAAAAUAUUAGGCUGCCAAAGUAAGUGAUCCAAAUUAGAGGAAAUAGGCAAUCUACAAAUACAUUCAAUUAGUCGAUAUCGAAAUAUUGAGUUUAUUUUCUGAAUAGAUCAUUAAGCCCUAUUAGAAUUUGAUAUUGGUGAGACAUUACGGAAUUCCUUAAGAUUUGGAUGUGGAGAAAUUGAAAUUGGACAAUAAGACAUUGGGGGCAUUGAAUGAUUUGGCUAGUUCCAUAGCAUAGUGGAAUCUUUAAAUUGAAAUAGCUGUAGACAACAUUACUAGAGUUCAGUUGUACGACCUUUGGAAUCCGACAGGAAAGAUUAAGGAGGCCUAAUUGACAGCUGAAAUAAAGGGAAUUCUCAGUCCAUAAGAUGAUUUUGAUUUUAAGGUAUCCAAUAAGUAGAUGAAAUUAGACAUAUUCGAAACAUAUAUUAAUACGAUUAUUGGCUUAGGGAGCAGACAAGUUUGGAAAGUACUUGUACUCAAAUGGUUUAUCGGAAUCAAAUUUGUCUUACGGGGCAGCCUUAGUGAUAUAUCACGCCUUGGUUGGUAAGUCUGCGUUGCCAUGGAAUGUCAUAAUUCCCAAUGUCUCAUUGAAGUGGCUGGUAUUGAUAUGAUUAUAACAUAUAGUUUGGUGGAUUGGUUGGAUCUUUGGCUUUGGGGAAGGUUUCAACAUAUUUGGAGAAAUGUGAUUAGGUGUAAUAGUUAAGUGGAUGCGCGGAGGUGUUUUAAGAGAUUACAAAUUUUCUGAUUAAUUUCAAUGAGACUAUAUCUGUGGCAAUAAGUGAAAUAUUACUGACAGUCAAUGAAGAGUAAGAGAAUGAGAAGAAAAAAAGUAAUAAUUUUUUUGAGUUUUUAAAUAGAUUUGGGUAAUCUGAUUGAUUAAUUCCUUUAAUCACCAGAAUCAAUUAAGGAUGGUUAGACUGAAAUCAUUACUUGCGAAGAUAUCAUUAAACAUGAAUAGGAUGAGUGGCAAAUAAUUUAUUGA